UUCUCCAGACUCUCUUAAAGGGCCAGUACAACCACAACACAGCAGAAAGAUGACAAAGUCAGACGAGGCUUCAGUUUGUUGAUUAUGGUCUAAAUAAUCACAGCCAGGCUUCUUUAGGGUUUCAUGUUUGCAUCGAGGUAAGCGACAAGCAUAUCUGCUGUCAUGGAGCAGCUCCCUCUCCAGCCCUCAAACUUCUGCCCUGACGCCUCAAGCAGCACCUGUCGUCCCGGCAUGCUUUGCGUGUCCAAUAUGGAGGAACUGGUGGUGGAGGUCCGUGGCUCCAACGGGGCUUAUUACAAGGGCGUUGUCAAAGAUAUCCACGAUGAUUCUCUCACCAUCGCCUUUGAGAACAAUUGGCAGCCAGAGCGCCAGGUGCCCUUCAAUGAUGUCAGGAUGCCACCGCCCACUGACGGCAAGAAGGAGAUUGGAGAGGGCGAGGAGGUGGAGAUCCUCUCCAGAGCCAAUGAUCAGGAGCCUUGUGGUUGGUGGCUUGCUAAAGUCCGCAUGAUGAAGGGAGCUUUCUAUGUGAUCGAGUAUGCAGCCUGCGACGCCACCUACAAUGAGAUAGUGACCUUUGAGCGUCUGCGUCCAGUCAACCCUAACAAGGCCAUCACCAAGAACUUCUUUCACAAGUGCACUGUCCCUGUUCCUCAAGAUCUACAAGAAGCGUGCCAGGGUGAGAAUGCCCAUAAAGAGUUUAAGAAAGCCGUGGGAGCCUGUCGCAUCUCGUACUGCCCUGAGACAAACCAGCUUCUGAUUGUGUCCACCAAUGAGUCGACCGUGAAGCGUGUGUCUUUGCUGAGUGACAUGCACCUGCGCAGCAUCAGGACCAAGCUGCUGCUAAUGUCACGCAACCACGAGGCCACAAAACACUUGGAGAGCUCCAGGCAGCUGGUGUCGUCCUUCCAGGAGGAGUUUAUGGUGAGAACGGAUCUGAUGGGCCUGGCCAUCGGCAGCCACGGCAGCAACAUCCAGCAAGCACGGAAAGUUCCAGGUGUCUCUGCCAUUGACCUUGAUGAAGAGACUGGCACUUUCAGAAUUUAUGGAGAGACAGCGGAGGCAGUGAAGAAGGCCAGGAACUACCUGGAGUUUUUGGAGGACUCUGUCGAGGUGCCCAGGGCCCUUGUUGGCAAAGUGAUUGGUAAGAACGGUAAGGUCAUCCAGGAGAUUGUGGACAAGUCCGGUGUAGUGAGGGUCAGGAUUGAAGGAGACAACGACAACAAGCAGCCCCGACAGGAAUUGACACAGGGAAUGGUCCCAUUCACCUUUGUCGGUACUAAGGAGAGUAUUGGCAAUGUUCAGGUCCUGCUGGAGUACCACAUCUCUUACCUUAAUGAAGUUGAGCAGCUUCGUCUGGAGAGAAUGCAGAUCGAUGAACAGCUACGUCAGAUCACCCAGGCUAAUCGCCCAGGUGACAGAGAGAGAGGAGAGAGAGUGGAAAGAGGAGGAGGAGGAGGAGGAGGAGGAGGAGGAGGGUAUAAUACAGACGGCAGUGCCAAUGCCACCUCCUCCUCUCUACAUGGCAGCCGCUCCUACAACAGUCGAGGGCGUGGGCGCAGAGGCCACGGCUACAGCACUGGAUAUGGCACCAACUCGGAGCAGUCCAACGCGUCUGAGACAGAUUCAGAGCGCAAGGAUGAGCUCAGUGACUGGUCCCUUGCUGGAGAAGACCAGGACAGGGAGAAAGAGAGAGGCUCAAGACCACAACGAGAUGCCCGCAGGAGGCCUGGACCCGGCAGAGGCCGAGGAGGGCCAGGGGGACGGGGCAGAGGAGGAAGAGGAGGAUACAACAACAGCUCUGCCGGGCCUCGUGACCAUGAGGACAACCAUGCCUACGGCGCCACGGAGACGAACACCGAGACAGACCAGACAGCUGACACGGAUGCUAGCGAGUCCAACUUGCCUGCAAACCGACGCAGAAGAUCUCGACGGCGCAGAACGGACGAGGACACCACACUGAUGGAUGGCAUGAGCGAGUCGGAUAACGCCUCAAUGAGUGAAAAUGGAAUAGUGACAGUGGCUGACUACAUAUCGCGGGCUGAAUCUCAGAGCAGACAGAUGACGACCAUUAAGGACGCCAAGAAAAACAAAGAUGUGGGUCAUGUGGAUGCCAUUGCUGAGGACAGCCCACCAUCUGUGCCGGCAACCACCAAUGGUUCUACCAAUGCCGCCGACACUGAGAGCAGCAAUGCCACCGGAGCUCCCGCCAAAGUCUCCUACCAGGGGGACUCUAACCCACAACCUGUUGUUAACGGACUCUCCUAGUCAGACCUGAGCAAAGGAAAUGGUUUCAAAUAUUUGAAAUUCUUUGGCUGCACUUGAUUUAAUCUCCCUGUCCCUGGAGCAGCCUUAAAACUGAAACAUUUAAACACAACAAGCACUGUUCUUCUUUUUACUUAACAAGUAUUUGAAACCUGUUCCACUGCUUAAUUUUGAGACAUCGGAACCUUAACCUCCCCUUUACACACGUGUUCUGUCCAGCUAUUCAUUUUACUACAGUUUUUUUUUGUUUGUUUUUUUAACAAUAGUUCUUCCUGUAUGAGCUUGCCAAAGAUAGUCAAACACACGCAGACUUACAGACAUGAUCUUAACUGUACUUUAUGGUCCGCUCUUCGUUAAGAGCUCAGGGAGAGGUUGGACUGAAUGCAGUAUUUAUAAAAUGCAGACAGGGAAUCAACUCAAACCCAUACUAUGGUAUGAAUGCAGCGAUUCCUUUUUUAUCAGUAAAAAACAAUAUCAUUGCAGGAUUUUAGAUCAGAAACAUGUCUGCCUUUUACCAGGUGGACUCGGAAAAAGAUGCUUCCACAACCUUUUUCGGGAUGUUUUGUGCAUCCGAAGUAGUUUGUAAAAUAAAUAUUCUGCAUGAGCAGUACCACAGUGCAGAUAGGUUUGUUGGGAAACCCAAGUAUGUUUGACAUACACGUGAUCAUCUGUUGUGCCUUGAGAGUAGAUUCAACAUUUUGUUGCCUGGCUCUGCACACCGUCUGAAAUUGUUUCACUUAUUUCUGUGUUACGCGGUCACCCUCGCCUGCCACAGUUGAACCAGAUGAGAUGUCUCCUUGUGCUUCAUGUACCCUCAUGGCACUGCAGGCAGGUGAAGACAAACACUGAAAGACCCUGAAAGGAUUUCAGAGGCAUAUCUUUUUAAAAUCAGGUGUGUCUAUUCUUAAUGUUUGUGGGGAGAAUGAGUCCAGUUGUCCUUUAUAUAUCUAUAUAUCUAUCUCUGUUGAGGAGUUUGACAUUAGCUGCUUUCUGUUUUUCAAUAUGCAACCACUUUGGUCAUACAAGAAAUGUUAUUACAGCGUGUCUGGAAAAAGAAACAAACGAUAGAAGAGUUGUUUUCUUUGCACUGAAACAUAACCUUGUUCUGUUAAAAAAGUUGAUUGUAGUUGAGUCUGGAAACUGGCUUUUACUGUUAAGUGCUGGAAAGAGAUGUAGCCAUCAAGUGCUGGGUUUCCUGGAAACAUCUCAUUGCUAAACAGCAGGGCACUUUCAUCAAAUACAUGAUAAGAGAGAUAAAGAGUGUUUUGUUUUUUUUCUUCCAGACUUUCAGCUAAAUCAAAAGAAAGUCAAUGCUCAGUUGAGAUGUUUCUGGAAAACCAAGCCCAGGUGACGAUGAUGUCAUUUUCAUGGUUCUUCCACAGACUGGCUGGCUGGAAACUGGUCUUGACUGUUCCACUAAGGAAGGAGAUUUAUUUGGUUUAUUUAUUUAAAAAUGUACAGUAUUUAAAAAAAAAAAAAAAAAAAAAAAAAAAAAAGCAAAAACAGGAGAAGCUAUUCUUUUUUCUUGACACUAAAAUAUGCGUUACCUAGGGUUUUCUUUUGAGACAAAUGACAAUUUGGACUACUGAGAGUUGUGACAUCCCCAAGUGUUUUUGUUGGGUCAACUACAGUACGUUUUGUUUUUUUAAAAGGAUCAUUCUGGUUGGUUGAUGUGCAAUAUGUUUUGUAUGCAGGUAGUUCUUAAAUAAACUUGAUCUUCCAUGUAGAUCUAAAACUCAA